UCUGUCUUAUGGAAUUCAUAUACGAUCUUGAAGGACGAGCGCGAAGGAAUGUUAACUCACCUCCUGGUCUGAUGGAUAGUUUCAUGCAGCGAUUACUGCUACUGGAUGCUCCGAGGACUGGUGAACAAGGUUCCCGCGGACGAAGCAGCUCGCCCUUAUCUCGAGUAAACAUUUAGCUGAUAUACAUGACACUAAAGGGUUUUGACAUUCAUACUCGCUUGAAGUUGAUUGUCAGCAGAUAAAACUGACAAAGACACUGUGACUUGGCUGUGUCCCCCAGAUGAAGCCAGAAAGCGAUUGUGUCGACACCUCCCAAGUGGAAGGGAAUGCUUCUUCGGCGGUAAAACAUGCAUUGCUCAGCUCUUUGCAAUCGAUGAAGACGAGCCACGUCUCGCGGCCGACUGGCAAGCCCUUCAGAGGUUUCGAAGCCGAGUUCACAUCAUGGCUGCAACUAACAGAGGUAUCUGUAUUGCCAAAGGCAGAGGAGCCCGAGAAACUCGAAGGACGUGUUGUCUUCGAGGCGACUGUGGACGAAGACAUGCUUAAUUUUGCUGGAACCCUGCACGGUGGUUGUUUGGCGAUGAUGAUUGACAUGCAUGUUUCUUCUACUCAUUUUUGGCUGGAACUAAUACGGAUAUGCAGCUGCUCGACAUCGCCCAUUUACGUCCUUGGAGCCUCGACAAGCGGCCGUGGUGUAUUCGGCGUAUCACAGUCUUUAAAUAUCGUUUAUCAUUCACCAGCAUUGACGGGCGACAAGCUACACAUUGUGAACACGACACUUACCCUUGGUAGCCGGGCACUCUCAACUCGUUGUGAGGUAUGGAAUGUUACGCGACAUCGACUAGUCGCAUCAGCUGUACAUAUCAACAUGGUUCCAUCUGAACCGAAGGCAUCUAAAUCUGCUAAACUCUGACCUACAAAACCGCUAUGCCGACUGACGACUUAUACGUACCGCACUCCUCAUCAUACACUUGGAAAGUUGAUCUGGUCUGUAUCAUGUAAUAAUGUAGUUGUUCGUGUAAAUGUGAUAUUCGAGGGGUAU